AUGGAGAGCGUCGACGAGAACCUCUGGGCGUCCGUAUGGAAGGAGAACGAGGCAGAGCUCGUGCUCGCCGCAGCGGGAUGUAGACAGAGAGCAGCAGCAGAGCAGAGAGACGCAGGGAGCUACUGGAUCAGGGAGCAGCCCUGCCCUCACUGCAAAGCCGAGAGGACCAGGCAGUGGCUGUCCCAGCACUUCUUUAAACCCAUCUCGCCUCCCCCUGCGUCAGACGCUUCGCUAGAAGAGGAUUUCUACCAAGCAAUCAAUCCAUAA